AAUAUAUAUUAGACAAAUUCAAUAAAUUCAAAUAUAUAUUAGACAAACUUCGUUUAAUCAACUUUAGUCCAUAUCGCAAUAAUAGUUACAUUCCAAAGAAAUCUUUCUAUAUAUGGACCAAAAAUAAUGUUUAAUGCAAUUAUAAUAAGCAACCAAUCAUUUUGUAAAAUAAUGUAUAUUAUAUAUCGAAUUGCGAAUUAACAUAAAGUUAUGUAUUGGAUAGAAAAAAAUCACUGUAUUUAACAUGGUUGGAAGUAACAUAAGAGAUAGACUUGACAUUUACAGACGCCAGAAAUAUAGAGAACAAAUGACAAAAUCUAUUAAGAAUGUGAUACAAACUAUCUUACCGUGGAAUGGAAAUAAAUCAGCUGAAGAUAUUUUGGCAACAACACCAUUAAAUGAUAUUAAAGAGAAUCAAGAUAUGGAAAGUACUUAUUCAGAUGAUUCUGAAAACCAAUCACAAUGUACAAUAUUAAGAAUAGUAACAUAUCUACUGUAUUUUCUUCUAUGGGCUAUCUUAUAUAUAAUUGCAAUUGAAUAUGAAUUUGGAGCAAUAUAUUUUAUUGUAUCUACAUUAAUAUUUAUUUGUUUAAAUACUCGAUCCAGACCAAAAAAACCAGGUGAAAUUAGUGCUUAUUCUGUAUUUAAUCCAAACUGUAAAGCUAUUGAAGGAACACUUGAUGCUUCACAAUUCGAAAGAGAAAUAAGAUAUGGUAUAGGAAACAUACAUUAAUUUAAAAUAAUCUAAUUUAUCACAGGCAAAAAUAAUAUAUGUUUUGUACUUAUAUAUGUAUAAAUAUUAAUAUAUCAUUUGUAAUAAUAUAAAAAUGAAAAAAAUAAGAACUUGUAAACAAAAAAAUUAAACUAUAUAAGAUAAACAUGUUAAAAAAUAUCAGUGAUAAUUAUUGAAUAUUACCACAGUCAUUGUAAAAAAAAUUUCAAGUCUAAGCUUUUAUAUUUUUAUAUUUUUUCUAUUGAUCUUGUAAAAAUUGUAUAGCAUUUUCAUAACAUUUUAUGAUCUCAUUAAUAUGCAUUAGGAUUAUGUUAAAAGGCUCAUGAUUCAAUUUAAAGAAUUUUAUCCAAUCAGUUUUAGAUUGAUACUGUUUAUCAGGACAUAGAAGAAUUCUAUCCAAAUCCAUCAAUAAAUCAUUUAAUAUUCUUGUGUCAAGAGUGCUAUAACAAAAAAAAA